ACUUCCUCCAUGCGUAGUUUUCGGUGAAAUGAACUCAGUUACGUGUUUUUAAGAGCUUUAACGCCAAAGUCUUUUAUUGUAAUAACGUGGCAGUGGGCUGUUGUGUUGUGUCCAGAAUGGCGGCGGACGUGUCCAAACACUAGUGUGUAACACACCGGGAGUUUCCCUUCAUUUGUAGCAGGAACUCAUCAGGAGCUUCCAUGGAGGGUUUGGAGGAGAAGCUUAAAGUUCUGUCCAUCGCUAGGCGGUCCUGUCCGGAGGAACCCACCUACCUGCUGGAUGUUGCCUUGCAGCCGAGUGGCCUUCUGGCGGUGUCCUGCUCCAACUUCACCAUCCACCUGCACAACAAGGACACUUUGAAGCAAGUGGGAGAGUAUCAAGGCCACAACGGGCGGCUCUGCGGGGUCACGUUUGGCCACACCUCCUCUGACCUCCUGUACUCCGGUUCUGCUGACGGGACGGUCCGCGUGUGGGACGUCCGCCAACCCGGGACGGAGGCAGCCCAGAAGUUUAAAAGCGAUCCAGCGCACUGUUACUGCAGCUUCGACCUAAGCUGCAGUGACAUGCUCCUGUGUGCCGGCACUGAGCAAGUGGACAGCGAGGACAGCUUCCUCAUUUUCUGGGAUUCCAGGAAACCGGCAGGUGGGCUUCUUGGGGUAUACUCUGAGUCGCACAGCGAUGACAUCACACAGGUGCGCUUCCAUCCCCGGGAUAAGGACCGCCUGGCUUCGGGCUCCACAGAUGGCCUUGUUAAUGUUUUCGACCUCAGCCGGGGGGCGGAGGAGGAUGCGCUGCUCGCCACCUGCAACAGCGACUCAUCAGCGAGCUCAGUGUGCUGGUCCGGGGCCAACUACACCCAGCUGCUGUGCCUCAGCCACGAUGAGGGGCUGCACCUGUGGGAUUUGGGCCAGCUGGAUACAGAUGAGCCUCUCACCAUCUUCAGCACCUCCGACGCUCGCAGCCUGACUCUACUGGCUGACGGGCGAGGCGUGGACUACCUGGUGGGGGGGCGGUGGCUAGAGGACACCCAAAAGCUGCUGGUGGUCGGCGGGAAGAACAACGGAGACCUCCACCUGAUGGAGUGUGACGCCAGGGGUCUUCAUCUGCUCAGGAGCCUAGAGGGUGGCCACGCCUCCACGGUGCGCUGCUUCCUGUGGGAUGCAGCAGAGGAGGCGUUGUUCACCGGGGGGGAGGAUGCACAGCUUCUGCUGUGGAAACCGGGUGGAGAGGAGCUCACACCAGGGAAAAGGGAGUCUAUGAAGAGCGAGUCAGCUCUAAGACUCAAAUCCAGACCUCAUAAAAAACACGGCUACCACAGAGAAAAGAAGACGGCGUAGCAGAGGAACAAAGUGAACCUGACUGAAGCAGCCCUGUGUCCUACAAUUUAAAGCAGCUCAGCUGCUGAGGACGAUGUCAGUAAGCAGAUGAAAUGGUGUUCAUCUUUGCCUCAGCUGUUGAUAGAUGCUGUUGUUUUUACUGUGCAGUUCUGUUUACAAGCAAAACAUAUUCUUGUGUGUCGUAGCAGCCUGAAUGUGGACCUUUUUAGUGUUUACAAAGAAACCAGCUUGCAGGAAAAUUGCAACCAGGUGACUUUGAAAGGCAAAUUGUAUUUUAGUCUUUGAUAAAGAUCUGGUGGCCCCAGCUAACAAACAGGGCAAGUGUUUUAAUAUGAAGAGAGCUGUGUGUGUUUAAUAAAAACUUUGGCAUGCUGUGUGACUGCACCACAACAAUCAGUCUUUAUAGUUAUUAUAUUUGUAGCACGCAGGACUGGAGCAUUUCUCUAGAAGCACAUCUCAGUUUUUAGGCUACAAUUGCUGUUCCAGCACAUCACCAGCCACCAUCCUCAGAGCUCUGGACAGCCUUCGUUCUCUUUGGCUGGACAUUCUCCACUGAUUGGUUUAGUGAUUUAUGUUCAUUGAAUCAUAAAAGCAGCUUUUCAUGUCUGUAUUCUCACAUUCAUCUGUCCUGUGCCCUAUGUGCUUGCUUACAUCUGAUGUUUUCCAGAAAGCGACACAAAGCGGACGAGGAGACGUCACUGUUUGCUGGUAUCAUAAUCGUAUGCUGCUGGGAUUCACAUUCAUUGCCACCCUUGCUCUUUUGUAGCUACUUGACAGGUGUCACUCAUGUUUUAGACUAGAAAUGAUUUGUCAAUUAAUAGAAUAGUUAAUCAACCAAAAAUGACUAGAAUUUAAAACUAGCUCCAGUGUCAGCUCCUGACAUGGUACUCUUGAGGACAGAGGACCCUCCCACCUGCUGUUUAAGAGGAGUUAAAACAGCUUGUUUGAGACAGAUGACAGAAAUAAGCAUUAUUCUAACACUGGAAUCAUGCAAAGCUACUCAAGCAAAGUCGAGUAUAAAAAUCUGGAGCUGGAAAUGAGCAGGAAGUGUCCAGUUUCUGUAAAAAACAAUGCAUCAGAUUUUCAGCUGUUUUUGAUUCAUUUUGCUGUAUCGCAAUCGAUGGUUGGGCAAUACAGGACUUUUUAUGAUUUCUCAGCUUUGAAAUGUUGAUGUGGGUGUUUGUUUUACAUGGAUCAAAUGAUCAAUCAAUGAAUUUAAAAAAGAAGUAAUAAUCUGCAACCCUGCUUGGCAUAUUCUCACAUUUACUACUACUAAUAAACAGCAUAUCACUGCCAGUCUACUGA